AGCGAGCAUGUUUAUAAGUCUUUGACGUAAGUGCAUAAUAAACCAGCAGUUCUUUCCGCGCAAUAUCCGCAAUGGCCCGUAAAGCCAGCGACAGGAAAGUCAGAUUGACUCCGUAAGUUGAACAAGAUGGCCUUGAGCGCUAAGUCUCUCCGGCUGUUGUCCUUCGUCCAUGUAGCGCUUGGUGUUUUAGCGAUUAUCGGAGGUCUUGCCGCAAUGUUAGUGACAAAUUAUUACAAUGGACUGUACGGCAUGGGCAUCUGGCUAGGCUGCUGGGUCAUAUUGACAGGUUCGGUUGGAUUAGCAAGUUCUCUGAUGCCUAGGAACUUUUGCCGGAUUGGAGGCUUUUUGGGAUUUUGUCUGGUUGCUGUUGUCCUCCUGUCAGUUUGCUGCAUUGUAAUAGGAACAGUAGCUGUAAGGCACUUUGAGUUCGAGUCAAGUGUAACUCGUGAUUAUUACAAAGGCAAGGGUACUUUUGGAAAUGAGCAUCAUGAAGAUUUUUACAAAUCAGAAGAAUAUUUUGAAGGGAGGCAUGAAAACGGCCGCAUUGGUCUCGCUGUGUAUGGCUCUCUUUUGGUCAUCAGCUUAUGUGAUGUAUUGUUGUGCUGUGCUUCUAUCUAUGUGUGCCGUGACCUUACUCGCAGUGAACAGGUAACACUUGCAAGCAGUAAUAGCCGUCAUUCAUCAUUAUCUCGUUAUUCCCAACGGAACAUUGCUACUUUACCCAUAGCAGAGUUAGGGUAUAGUCAUCAGAACUGGGCAGAGGUUGUCUUCCAAGGAGCUAUACCCCAACCCCUACAGCCUAUUCAAGGUCAUUUCCUACAGCAUCCAGAUUUUCAGUUUUUUGCGCCAUACAAAUUACCGAAUUAUGCUGAACUUUACCCAGAGGGCAUUGUUAACCCUGGUAACACACCUGCCAGUGAGGACACCAGGCUACAGAUUGUGCCAAAUGAACCACCUCCAGCAUACACACCAACAGAAAACCAAGAACUUUGUCAGCUUCCUGGCUCUUCAUUGGGUGCCUCCUUAAAUUCACACCCAGCAUUGCCAACUGAAGAAAGUGCAUCAGGUCAAGAGUCAACAACAAAUAUUUCAGCUAGAACCUUGACACCAGAAAAUAUGAAUGUAUCGGAAGCAACAAGAGUUUCACAACUUUCCAGUAGAGAACACCCACAAUUUUCAGAGACACCUUCAGAAAAUCUAGUAUCAUGUACCCCAGUUCUUACGCUGCAUGCAGAGAAUUCAACUUUUUCAUCACUACCUGUGACAUCUUCAGCAGCAGAUACUUCAGAAAUUGUUAGAAGAUCCUCAAGUUUUUCAUCUGUAUCACCAGGAGUUUCUUUGACUUCACUACCAAACUCAGUGCAACUCAAUCUAGACAUGGAUCACAUAGCGUCAUCUGAAUCACAAAACAACACUGCACAUCGUGAAACUGUUACUACUCCUGCUGAGACAAAUGGAGAUACAUUCACGGUGAUAACUACAUUGUAGCUAAGAAAAUAACCACCAUACUGGCUAACAAGAGAGAAAAAAAAAAAGAAGCAUAGCCUUUCUGGAUUGCUAGAGAAUGACAUUCCCUGAAGAAUGUUAACUGUUCCUGUUUUGCUUCAGCCUAUAGGCCUGGGCUGAAUAGAUGAGCUGAACAAAUUGGAUUAAACCACUUUGAUAUGGAGAGGGCUUGAAAUUUGGUUAUGCCUGAACAGCUGGACCCAUUUUCUAAUAACUAUGAAUCUAGUCAUAAUAAGGGGUCAGGAAUGGUAGAGCUCCCAAAGUAAAUAUCCUUUGUUGAAUCUCUCUUUUACGGUUCUUGACAACUAAACAUAACAUGGUUCCUGAGAACUUGGCUUACUUUAGGGAGAAUUUCAUGUCCACUUUUUGACACAUACAUAUUAAUCUGAUAAAAAUUAAUUUGCAGACAAACACCCUGCUAAGGGUUACCAAUUAGUAUGGUAUCCACUCCUUCCUCCUUUUCCUCAGCCUUUUUUAACAUUGGCAAACCAAUAUCACAUUUUUGUAUGCAAACUAAAGAGUUGAAACAUUUUCUUUGAGAUGGGAGCAAAAGUAAUUUCUAGCCCUAAUGUACAGCUUUUUUCCUAUCCUUUUUGAACCUGUCUUUGAUAUAAAGUUUGUACCUAUGGCAACCAUUUUUGCUGCACUGUGGUACAAAAUAAAAAUAUCUCUAUUUUUGGCAAAAAUUAUGUGUUUAAUCUUUUACAUGAUCCCCCUGCACCUACUUAGUAAAUUUAAUAUACACUCAUAUUUAAGUAAAGUGGCUUAAAAGCAGGACAUAAUCCAAUUUAGCAACUUUAUUAUUUAAUUGGUGUAAAUAUAUUUUCCUACAAAUUCAGUUGUG